AUGUCCAACCAACCACCCCAUGCCUUCGGUGGCCACCCGAAUUACUCGCAGUGGCCUCCACCAUAUCCAUCGAUGCUCCCUCCCGAUUUUCACACAAACCCGGAACAUUUGGCGGGGGCUCAAGUUCCACCCUUCAAUCCAAACCAUCCUUUGGAUCCUAACAUGGCGGCGUUCUACGCAAAUGCGCAACUCUCGGGACCUGUCAGCCAUGGUCACCCAUUCUACCCACCUCCAUUCCCGUUCAUGAAUCCGUUCGACCCGUCGCAAAUUCCUCCCCAACCUUUCCCCCCCUUUCCCUUGCCGCCUCUGGAUUAUGCAUCAAUGCAGGCGCCCGCAGGGUCCUCGAAUCCAAAGCCAGUACCCACAAAAGUGCCUACAAUCCACGAAAAUGUUCGACCCCACCCCCAGCCGCAGCCUAACCCAAAGGCUGCUUCCAUCGACCGCAUUCGCGAGGAAGGGGAAGUUAGCGAGGAAGAAUCCGGACGGUCAAGUUCGACGAAAGAUUCCAAGGCCUCUAGCUCCGCCACGUGGAAACGCAAACCUAGUCACCAUUCCGAAAUGGAAGAAGGGGAAACAACAUCAUCAAGGUCGCGCUCUUCAAGCAGGAGCAGUACACCUUAUAAUCCCCCUCUUUCCGUGGCUGCAGACCCUGAGGUCCUGGAUCGCGCGAUCGAAAUGCAAAAACGAGAAACUACCACGACUUCAAAAGAAUCUGAGUUAUCGAGGGCAGCAAAGCUUCGCGUGCAAGCCCAGGGUGCCCUUCUCAGUCUAGUGCCCCAUAAUAUCCAAUACAAUGAACUGGUGGCAGAAGGCCUGAACCCAGAAAUCUUACGGGAGCUUUACAAACAGGUUGGGAUCAAAGUUGUCACUGAGGCAGAUAAACCCGUUCCGAAUGCAACAUCUCAAGUUCCCGUGUCGAUCAAGCAAGCAGAAUCGGCUGCGCCAAAGAAAGUCGAUAAUGGCCGACAGAAGUCUUCAACUGCACUUCCAACUCCUUCAUCAGCCACAUCUUCCGCUCCUCAGUCUGACUCGGGGAAGCCAAUGGAGAGAAAAGAGGUGAUCGCCAGAAUGCUUGCUGCUAAGGCCGCAAAAGCGUCCGAGGCAGUAACUAAGGCGGUGUCAAGGGAACCCUCAAGCGUUGCAGUCACUCCAACCCCAUCUGCUACUCCCAGCGAGGGUCUGGUUACAACUGUGGUUCCUAUGAGGGAGAAGAACAAGGCCCAGACGGAGUUGGCAAGACAAAGAAUUGAAGAGCUCAAAAGGCAAGCACUUUUAAAGAGCCAACAAAAGGCCCAGCUUAAUCAACCUAGCAAUGCCCCUCAGGUUGAUCGACCUGCAGAGGAUUCGAGUUCUGCGACCCAAACCGUUCAGCAUCCACUGCCCGUUCGUCCUCCUGCACCUCAAACUUCGGAAUUCGCCACAAUUCCAGGACUAUCUAUGACUGGGUUGAAGACAGAUUCAAACUCAAAGAACCCUACCGAUGCCCCGCGGGGAUUUGCUGUCGACUCGACACCUGUUUCCCGAGCCGGGCAGCGUAAACGGCCUCGGGCCUCGGAUUUUGACGAGCCUGAUGCGGCUUACAAAAAGCCAACGGUUUAUGGAAAAAGCCAUUCGGGCCCUGCAGAUCGCCUCAUCAUUGAAUUCAGUGAUGAUGAUGAGGAUGAAUCACUGUAUGGAGAUGACACCGGCGCCAUGGAUGUGGACUCUAAUCAUGAACCGGAGGCUCAGCCUGCGAUGGUUAUUGAUAAUUCUCGACCCGCUCUCCAAAAGUACCCAUCAUCUACUUCAACGCCGCAGGGUUUUCCAUGGCAAAGUGACAGCGAAAGCAUGCGACAGAAGGACUUGGAGAUCCAGGAAAUGCAUCGUAAGAUAGCACUUCUUACGGCACAAGCAAAGGCGAAAAAGGCAAAAUUAGCUGCCAAUCGCACUGAAUCUCCCCGUACAAUCGAUGGUUCAACUGCGUCCUCACCAUCGGCAGAGAUUUUGAGUCCCGUGGGCGGUUCCACUGCCGCUACUUCAUCUCUCCCAGCGUCAACCGCAAAGGCAGCGCCUGGCCAAGCCGGGGCACAGCAUAUUGCCCAGACUGAAGGUAAAUGCUCCUCGAAUCGACCUCCUAUCGCAUUCUCGUAUCAAAUCCCUAACAAUACAUUCGCAGUGUCUUCGAGCCCUCAGGCACCAGCCUCUGUAAGCAUGCAAGAAAAUGAUUCGGGUGAUGAAUCUAGCACCAUCCCACAGGCUAUUUCAACGGUACCCUUGGUCACUGAACAGCCCGUCAACUCUCAUAUCAAUCCGCACAACGAUUAUUCUGCAUCCCCUUCCAGUCCCACUCAGUCCGACUCUUCUAGCUCUGCUAUGGACGAGUCUGAGGAUAUCUCAAGUUCUCGCGAGAGUUCUGCCAGUGAAGAAGAGCCUGCGACGUUUGGUGAACAACCAAUAUUGGGACUUGUGGCCACCGCCCAGCCUGAGGGCACAAAUCCCAUUGUGAACGGUUUUACCGAUUCACUCAGCACUGAAGAAGGCCCGAGUGAGCGAGAAUCUCCUGCCGAGCCCCCGGUCUUGGAUGUUCCAGCCACCUCUCUGUCUUCCGGGGAUCAUGCCGACUUUGCUCCUAGCCACACCAUAUCUGAAGGUUCAUCACUCGAUAUGACUCAAAGCAUUGUCACCGUGGAGGAUCCUGGAAACCAGGAAACCCUUGUCGAGCAGUCUCUCCGAGAAUCAUCUUGUGCAUCAGAAGAAUCGGACGCAUAUGAACCUCCAGAGGCCGACACUACAUCAGAGCCCAAUUCACCUUACAGCCCUCCUUUCAGCCCCGCUCCUCAUGCUCCUUUAGAUGAUCCGGAGAACUCGAUGGCUAUGCUGGACGAUCUUCCAGCCGAUAAACCACUAACGGACACCCCCCAGGUGCCGGUAACAGCACCGCACCCAGAUUCUCAGGUCGAAACACUCGGUAACCGAACGUCAUCUGCAUCGGCCACCUCGCAGUCAAAGUUUACUCCUUACGUCAGCCCUUUGCGUUCUUUUAAGGCGUAUCGAUACCACCCUGCCUACGCUGAAAAUGUUUCGGACGGCUACCGUUCGCUAACCUACAGCCAUGAAAUUAACGAGGAUACUUGCCUUUGCCCUUACGAAUUGGCUGGUGGUGUGUGCAAUGAUCGGUCUUGUCAAUUCCAACAUUUCCGGGACAUGACUCUUAGCGAUGACAAGAUUCUCAUCGAAAUGGGCUCCGUUCGAGAGGGCCAAACCGAAGAAGAAAAAGAAACCUAUCUUGCCGGGUUGAAGGAGAUCAUCAACGAGAUGCGACGUGACAAGGUGAAAGAUUUCAGCACCGUGGCUUCUGAGAUAGCCGCAUACCGUAGGCGCUUUCUCCAAGACCCUUCGCGUGUUUUGUCCCUGUAA